CCAGCCAUCACCAGCCAUCAUCACCCAUCAUCACCCAUCAUCAUCAGCCGGCGAUGUUACCUAUUGUCAUGUGUCCUUGAGGGAAAGGGCGUAUGGAAUUCCGCACGGAAUGUGUACAUCGACUGCAACGACGCACCGAGAAACGACACACCGAUAGCCCUGGACGAGGCUCACACCAUCCGGAGCAUUGAGAGCGCGAACUGCAAGGCCGUCGGCGCCGUAAAGGCUCAUUCACGCUGGGCCCUGACGGGUACGCCUGUGGCCAAUGGCCUCAUGGAUCUGUGGCUUCUGAUCUGUCUCCUCCAGACCAAGGACUCAUUGGACCAUUGCGACACGUUCCGCUCGCUAUGUCCGACGCCUCUGCAGCAGAAGAAGAGGCCCCGGGCAUACGGUCUUCGCCGCACGAAGAGUUUGGAUUUUAUCCAGCUCAAGAUGCCGACGAUGACGGCUCGAAGGAUAGCCGCGGCCACAAAGGAUGGUGGCGGCCGGCACAAAUACACAAUUCGCGCCGAGUUCGAUAACCAGGCGACAGCGGGUGGUGACGACCCCUACACCCACUGCAACGACUUGUAGAGUGUGAGGGUGCAUUGGGAAGUGGUGGAGGACUGGAGAUGUUGCAGAGGUGGAAAGCGGAGGAGAACUGGAGAUGG